UCAAACGUUAUGAUGUAAUACACUGGAAAGUUCCCGGAUUCUAAGUACAGUGUGAAUUGCGAAGGUCAGUAGCGCACUUACGCCGUUACAGUGAGAUUAAAACAACAGAAUUUCUUUGCGAAUCUCGGAACUUUUUCUGGAAUUAGUCAUAUAAAAACAUCAUGCCAAGAGGAAGCCGAAGCAGAACUUCGAGGAUGAGUCCUCCAAGUUACUCGUCCCCUCCACCAAUGGCUCGAGCUCCUCCCCCUCGCUCCUACGCCCCAGCUCCCGCUCCUCCUCCACCAUCGGCGGUGGGCGCUCCUGCUGCUGCGCCCCGUCAGCCGGGGAUGUUCGCUCAGAUGGCGUCCACCGCGGCGGGCGUCGCUGUCGGCUCUGCUGUCGGACACACUAUAGGUCACGCCAUGACCGGCGGCUUCAGCGGAGGUGGAAACUCAGAGGCUGCCAGGCCUGAUGUCACCUAUCAGGAGCCCUACCAGGCUCAGCCCAUGUACCAGCAGCAGCAGCCAUCCAUGUACCAGCAGCAGCAGCAGGGUCCCUGUGCUUAUGAGCUGAAGCAGUUCAUUGAAUGCGCUCAGACACAGAGCGACCUCAAACUCUGUGAGGGCUUCAGCGAAGUACUGAAACAAUGCAAAUUCUCCAGUGGACUGUCAUAAGGUUUGGAUCGGAGACACGAACACGACCAUAGCCAUUCACCGUCUGCUUGCUUCUGGAAAAUGAUUCCUCUAAAAAAUACAUCUCAAUCAGAUAUUAGGACCUAUGUCAAAAAUAAAAGAAGAAAUGCUGUGUAACAUCUGUGAUGCAUAGUAUUUAUAUAUCUGGUGAUUUUUCUUUUCUGCUUGAGUGACUGUAGAAGAGAUCACAAUGUGUAUUUCUCUGCAGGAGAAUUUGUGAUGUUAUUAAAACAAGUUUAAUUCAAAUGAUGUGGUCUUGAAUAGUGAAUAAAAGGAUCAGAAACAUUC